CGAAUUGGAGGCCAAUGAUUUAUCAAAGCCCUAUUAUUAAGAAAAUGUCACGCGAAGGGUACCUUGCCAUGCACUGACGCAAACCCGGUUUUCCCACGGAGAUAUAGAAAGCUUUGCACUUUGCAGCCAAACUCAAUCUGCCUGCCGUCUUUCCAGCUGUUUUCUGCUAUUAACCCACAUUUGUUGACUCUGCACAAAUGGAUUUUUCUGAGCACGGGGAAAUGUUGAGACAACCAUCAAACAGUAUCCCGCCCCAGCCGUCUGGGGGAGCGGCUGGAGCUACAACUACAAACAAACCGCAGAACGGGAACCCGGUGCCCCAACCGCCGCCUGUAAACGAACGGAAAACUUUUUGUCCUUCGGAAAAUAAACCAUGCGAAAUGGAAGCCAAUAAAGCAUACGGGACGUUUAAGAACGCUGCACCUGGACCCACGUUUACUCCCGUUAAUUCUGCCGUACGCAAGGAUUCCGUCGGUAAAAUGGAUGGUUCGACCGGUAAAGCCACGUCGGCCUUCAUGUCUAACAAUCAAAGUGCUGUAAGGACCGCGGCGGAGCAUAACAACGCCACCGGUGACUGGACCUCCAUGAGCCAGACCACCAUCAUCCUGGGUACAGAUGGCACUACAUCUGUUCUGCCUGGCACGGUGACCGGGGAUGAUGAUGAUGAUGAUGAUGGAGGAGAUGAGAAUAAGGCCCGGGGGAACUGGUCCAACAAACUGGAUUUCAUUCUGUCCAUGGUGGGAUAUGCCGUGGGUUUGGGAAACGUCUGGAGAUUCCCAUAUCUUGCUUUUCAGAAUGGUGGAGGUGCAUUUUUGAUACCAUACCUAAUCAUGUUAUGCCUCGCCGGAAUACCUAUAUUUUUGUUGGAGGUGUCUUUGGGUCAGUUCGCCAGCCAAGGCCCUGUGUCAGUAUGGAAAGCGAUCCCAGCUCUACAAGGUUGCGGGAUUGCCAUGUUGAUAAUAUCUGUCUUGAUAGCCAUAUACUAUAAUAUUAUUAUGUGCUGGACAUUGUACUACCUGUUCGCUUCGUUGAAGGGGACACUGCCUUGGGCCACCUGUAAAAAUGAAUGGAACACAGUCGAGUGCAAAGACAAAGACAUGCUGCUUUUGGACACCUGUAUACUAAGGGACAGGAACAUCCCAUCAAUCAAGAAUACUACAUUCUGUUUAUCUGCAAAUGCUGUUGGGAAUUUAAGUAAACUCUUAAAUAUCACAGCGGACAAUAAAACCUAUGUCAGCCCUAGUGAGGAAUAUUUCAAGUAUAAUGUGUUGCAUAUUUCGAAGGGUAUUGAAUACCCAGGUGACAUCCGUUGGCCCCUAGCUGCUUGUCUUUUUCUGGCCUGGCUUAUUGUUUAUGCCUCUUUGGCUAAAGGGAUCAAGUCCUCAGGGAAGGUGGUGUAUUUCACUGCCACCUUCCCCUAUGUGGUGUUGGUCAUCCUGUUGAUCCGAGGGGUCACUCUACCUGGAGCCGGUUCUGGGAUCCUUUACUUCAUAACACCCAAAUGGGAAAAACUCAAUGAUGCCAAGGUGUGGAAGGAUGCUGCUACACAGAUUUUCUUCUCUUUGUCUGCAGCAUGGGGUGGACUUAUAACUCUGUCGUCCUACAAUAAGUUUCAUAACAACUGUUACAGGGAUACUCUCAUUGUGGCGUGUACUAACAGUGCCACAAGUAUUUUUGCUGGUUUUGUCAUUUUUUCAGUUAUUGGCUUCAUGGCUCAUGAGCUCAAAGUCCCUAUUGAGCGUGUGGCCGAUGAAGGUCCAGGGAUUGCUUUUGUGGUCUACCCAGAGGCUCUGACUAGGUUGCCCUUGUCACCGUUCUGGGCCAUCAUCUUCUUCCUCAUGCUGCUUACACUUGGUCUGGAUACCAUGUUUGCCACCAUAGAAACUAUAGUGACGUCUGUUUCUGAUGAGUUCCCCAAGUACCUGCGCAAACACAAGCCUCAGUUCACUUUGGUUUGCUGUCUGUCCUUUUUUGUGCUGGGUUUCCCCAUGAUCAAUGAGAGUGGAAUGUACAUGCUUCAGCUGGUGGACACAUUUGCAGCCUCUUACUCUCUGGUCAUCAUUGCCAUAUUCGAACUGAUUGGAAUCUCAUACAUUUAUGGUCUACAGCGGUUCUGUGAGGACAUUGAGAUGAUGAUUGGCUUUCAGCCAAACAAGUUUUGGAGAAUCUGCUGGGCCUUUGUCACACCAACCAUUCUCACAUUUAUUUUGGCACUCAGUCUGUACCAGUGGAAGGUGAUGACAUAUGAGGAUUACACUUAUCCGACCUGGUCUAUGGUUCUCGGCUGGCUUAUGGUCAUCUGUUCUGUCAUAUGGAUUCCCAUCAUGUUUGCUAUUAAGAUGCACCUUGCCCCUGGAUCGUUAACCGAGCGUUUGAAGUUGGUGUGCUCUCCUCAACCCGAUUGGGGUCCGUUCCUGAUGAAACACCGCGGGGAACGCUACAAGAACAUGACUGACCCUCUGGGCACCAACUCUCUUGGCCUCAAACUUCCCCCCAAAGAUUUCCAGCUAUCAACCCAAUAUCAAUAAUUGAAUUCCCUGUGAGUGUGAACCUCCCUGAGGCCUCUGAGGGUGAGACCAGCACUCACGUCAAACUCUUUCACCAUUCAACCUCCCCUUUUUACCACAGUGUUCUCUUUCAGCCAUAUCCCCCCUCUUCUGGCACUGUUAGAGAGGGGUCUUUCAGGUGGAAAGCACAGACAACUCCCUAUGAUUUUGUUGUUUUCUAAAUAAUUAUUCAUAGUCAGUCUGAGAGUGGAGGUCUUUCACACACAUUCUGAAACACCGAUCCCUGAACUUUUUUCUCAGAGGCAAUAUAGUGAUGCAGUUUGCAACUGUUGAGGCAAUAUUUGAAUGAUUGUUCAUCAUGCAGCGGUUCUUUUUAAUUAUGUUUUCAUUCUGGAGUGACUGCUGAUGUUAAAAAGAAAAGAAAUUAGGAGAAUAGCAUUUAUAUUUCUUGUCUAUUUGCUUGUCAUCUCUUAAAUGUAGCAGACAUAAUGAGAAAAACUGCUGAGUAGUGCACAGUGAACUAAAACUAUCGCUCUCCACUUGUGUCCACUCCUAGCUAUACCUUGUGCCUCAGACUUCCUCUAUUUAUGAAAUACUGCUUAGUAUAGUGUUAAUUAAACCAAUCGUACUACAUUAUGGAGGGAAGUGAGCACAUUUCAGUCUCUGUGAAGUAUAAGCUCUCCUACUCUUUUACUAACCUGUCGAAAUAUCUACAGUGUUAUAGAAUCAAAACUCAAGGUGUAAGCUCCAGUAGUAUAGAUCCAUCCCUAUCUUCAAAGAAAACAUAGCCAUGCAAAACUGUAAUAUUACCUUUCAGUGUUGUUUAGAGUAGUACUCAACGGCCAGCUAGCAGUUAUAUAUGUAUGCUAAUAUUUAGAGUAUGCUUUCGAGUUUGUGUCGUGAUCUGUUUAUAGACUUUGUGAAUCCUAUUCUUAUGCAGUACACAGUUAUAGUGGAGUACACAAAAGAAAAGUAGAGAAAAAAACAAGGAGUGUGGU